AUGAUUCGAUCGUUCUCAGCUUUGUCAUUUAAUCAACCAAAAUUUUGUUCAUCAGUAACAUGGUAUCCAUUUGGAAGUACCUUUGCAGAACUCGAUGACAUUGAUAUGCAUUCUAUAUUUCUUACAACUAAUAAUUCUAUUUAUAUCAUUGGUCUCGGAUCUUCUGGCAUCUAUAUUUCGUUGAAUGACUCUAUUAAGCCCACGAAAAUAGCGUCAAACACACUAUGGUACCCGAAAUCAGUUUUUGUUGAAAAUAAUAAUGAAAUCUAUAUUACAACAUCAACAUUGAGAUCAGCAGUUUCUAGAUGGAUAUUGAAUACAAAUACUCAGACUCCUGUUAUGGAUAUUCCCGCACCGUGCUAUGCCAUUUUUAUUGAUAUCAAUAAAAAUUUAUAUUGUUCAUUAGACCUUCUACACAGAGUUCUAAAAAAAUGGUUAGGGAAUAAUAAUGCAACACCAGUUACCGUAGCUGGCACUGGAAUUCCUGGUCCAGCUUCUAAUAUGCUGAAUGCACCGACUGGAAUUGUUGUUGAUGUCUAUUUGAAUCUUUAUGUUGCUGAUUUUUUCAAUAAUCGGAUUCAGUUAUUUGAAGCAGGUCAAUCAGAUGCAACUACUGUUGCAGGAAGGACAUCAGUCAACCUUACAAUUAGUCUCAAUCAACCAACUGGAAUAACUCUUGAUGGCGAUGGCUGCCUAUAUAUUGUUGAUCGAAAUAAUCAUCGUAUUGUUCGUGGUGAUAGUGUAACUGGUUUUCGAUGUAUAUUAGGAUGUGACGGUUUUGGUAAAGAAUCUCAUCAAUUAUCCGGACCACGCCAUAUGGCAUUUGAUAGUUAUGGGAAUAUCUAUGUUGUUGAUACGUAUAAUCGUCGAAUUCAAAAGUUUAUAUAUUCGGAAAAAUCGUGUGAUCCAAUUAAUACGAAUGCAUCUUCAAUAACGUCCUCAGAAAACUAUACAAUUCAUCGACCAAGAUUUUGUCCCGCAGCAGUUUGGAACCCUUUUGGAACCACUUUCCUCGCAGAGAAUAGAUUUCAUGGAAUUCCACAUUUUGUUUUUAUUACAACGAAAAACUACAUUUACAUUUUUGACCAUACGAGUGCUCGAAUCUAUAUAUGGUUCAAUGCAACUGUUAAUUCAACAAUAUCACUAUCCCGUAAUACAGGAUCACCAAGAUCAGUUUUUGUUAAGAAUGAUAACGAAAUUUAUGUUGACACAUCUACACACAAACCGGCAAUAUCUAGAUGGAUAUUGAAUACAAAUACUCACACUCCGGUUAUGGAUAUUCCCGCACCGUGCUAUGCCAUUUUUAUUGACAUCAAUAACAAUUUAUAUUGUUCAUUAGACCUUCGACACAGAGUUCUAAAAAAAUGGUUAGGGAAUAAUAAUGCAACACCAGUUACCGUAGCUGGUACUGGAACUCCUGGUCCAGCUUCUAAUAUGCUGAAUACUCCGACUGGAAUUGUUGUUGAUAUCUAUUUGAAUCUUUAUGUUGCUGAUUUUUUCAAUAAUCGGAUUCAGUUAUUUGAAGCAGGUCAAUCAGAUGCAACUACUGUUGCAGGAAGGACUUCAGUCAACCUUACAAUUAGUCUCAAUCAACCAACUGGAAUAACUCUUGAUGGCGAUGGUUAUCUAUAUAUUGUUGAUCGAAAUAAUCAUCGUAUUGUUCGUGGUGAUAGUGUAACAGGUUUUCGAUGUAUAUUAGGAUGCGAAGGUUAUGGUAAAGAACCCUAUAAAUUAUGGGGACCACGCCAUAUGGCAUUUGAUAUUUAUGGGAAUAUCUAUGUUGUUGAUACGAUUAAUCGUCGAAUUCAAAAGUUUAUGUAUUCGAAAAGAUCCUGUGACCGAGCUACUACGAAUGCAUCUUCAAUAACGUCAUCGGAAAACUUGCCGUUUAAUCAACCGAAGUUUUGCUUGUCACCAACGUGGGACUCGUAUGCAGCUACUUUUGUCGCAGAGAAUACAAUUGGUGGAGUUCCACAUUCUAUAUUUAUCACAGCGAAUAACUCCAUUCAUGUAUUUGACUAUUGGAAUGCUCGAAUUUAUGUAUUCUUAAAUGAAACUGCGAAUUCAACAAUAUCACUAUCCCGCAACUCAGGAUUCCCAAAAUCGAUUUUUGUCGAAAAUAAUAAUGAACUUUAUAUUGAGAAAGGUGAUAACAACCAUGUAGUGGAAAAAUUGAUAUUAGAUACAAAUAAGAACAUUCCUGUUAUGAGUAUUUAUUCAUCAUGCUAUGCGCUUUUUAUUGAUAUUAAUAACAAUCUAUAUUGUUCAUUAAUUCGUCAUCAUAGAGUUCUGAAAACAUGGGUAGGUGAUGAUGAUACAACACCAAUUCUCGCAGCUGGUACUGGAACUCCUGGUUCGACUUCAUAUAUGCUGAAUGCUCCUACUGGAAUCGUUGUUGAUCGUCAUUUGAACCUAUAUGUUGCUGAUUCUCUCAAUCAUCGAGUUCAAUUAUUUCAAGCAGAACAGCCAAAUGGAAUUACUGUGGUAGGAUUGACAUCUAAAACUAGAACAAUUAAUCUCAAUCAUCCAACUGGAAUAACUCUUGAUGGCGACGGUUAUCUAUAUAUUGUUGAUCGAAAUAAUCAUCGUAUUGUCCGUGGCAAUAGUGUAACAGGUUUUCGCUGUAUACUCGGAUGUGUUGCUAGCGGUAAAGAAUCUUAUCAAUUAUUGGGACCACAACAUAUGGCAUUUGAUAUUUAUGGAAAUAUUUAUAUCAUGUGNGGAAUAACUCUUGAUGGUAAUGGUUAUCUAUAUAUUGUUGAUCAAAAUAAUCAUCGUAUUGUUCGUGGUGAUGUAACUGGUUUUCGAUGUAUAUUAGGAUGUGACGGUAAUGGUAAAGAAUCUCAUAAAUUAUUAGGACCACGACAUAUGGCAUUUGAUAGUUAUGGAAAUAUCUAUGUUGUUGAUACGAAUAAUCGUCGAAUUCAAAAGUUUAUGUAUUUGGAAAAAUCGUGUGAUCCAGUUAGUGCAAAUGCAUCUUCAAUAACGUCAUCAGAAAAUUAUACAAUUAAUCAACCGAGAUUUUGUGCCGCGGUAGUUUGGAACCCUAUUGGAACCACUUUCCCCGCAGACAAUAGAUUUCAUGGAAUUCCAUAUUUUGUUUUUAUUACAACGAAAAACUACAUUUACAUUUUUGACUAUACGAAUGCUCGAAUUUAUAUAUGGUUCAAUGCAACUGUCAAUUCAACAAUAUCACUAUCCCGUAAUACAGGGCUACCAAGAUCAGUUUUUAUUAAGAACGAUAACGAAAUUUAUUUUGACACAUUUACACACAAAUCGGUAAUAUCUAGAUGGAUAUUGAAUACAAAUACUCACACUCCUGUUAUGGAUAUUCCCGUACCAUGCUAUGCUAUUUUCAUUGAUAUCAAUAACAAUUUAUAUUGUUCAUUAGAUCUUCAACACAGAAUUCUAAAAAAAUGGUUAGGGAAUAAUAAUGCAACAUCAGUUAUCGUAGCUGGGACUGGAAAUCCUGGUCUGGCUUCUAAUAUGUUGGCUGCUCCGACUGGAAUUGUUGUUGAUGUCUAUUUGAAUCUUUAUGUUGCUGAUUCUCUCAAUCAUCGAAUUCAGUUAUUCGAAGCAGGUCAAUCGAAUGCAACUACUGUUGCAGGGAGAACAUCAGUUAACCUUACAAUCAGUCUCAACCAUCCGACUGGAAUAACUCUUGAUGGUAAUGGUUAUCUAUAUAUUGUUGAUCAAAAUAAUCAUCGUAUUGUUCGUGGUGAUGUAACUGGUUUUCGAUGUAUAUUAGGAUGUGACGGUAAUGGUAAAGAACCUUAUAAAUUAUUAGGACCACGACAUAUGGCAUUUGAUAGUUAUGGAAAUAUCUAUGUUGUUGAUACAAAUAAUCGUCGAAUUCAAAAGUUUAUGUAUUCGAAAAGGUCCUGUGACCGAGUUAGUGCAAAUGCAUCUUCAAUAACGUCAUCGGGAAACUUGCCACUCAAUCAACCAAAAUUUUGCCUGUCACCAACGUGGGACUCGUAUGCAACUACUUUUCUCGCAGAGAAUAGAAUUGGUGAAGUUCCACAUUCUAUAUUUGUCACGAUGAGUAAUUCCAUUUAUGUAUUUGACUAUUGGAAUGCUCGAAUUUAUGUAUUCUUAAAUGAAACUGCGAAUACAACAAUAUCACUAUCCCGCAACUCAGGAUUACCAAGAUCAUUUUUUGUCGAAAAUGAUAAUGAACUUUAUAUUGAGAAAGGUGAUAACAAUUAUGUAGUGGAAAAAUUGAUGUUAGAUACAAAUAAGAACAUUCCUAUUAUGAGUAUUUAUUCAUCAUGCUAUGCGCUUUUUAUUGAUAUUAAUAACAAUCUAUAUUGUUCAUUAAGUAGUCAUCAUAGAGUUCUGAAAACAUGGUUAGGUGAUGAUGAUGAUGAUACAACACCAAUUCUCGCAGCUGGCACUGGAACUUCUGGUUCGACUUCAUAUAUGCUGAAUGCUCCUACUGGAAUCGUUGUUGAUCUUCAUUUGAAUCUUUAUGUUGCUGAUUCUCUCAAUCAUCGAGUUCAAUUAUUUCAAGUAGAACAACCAAAUGGAAUUACUGUGGUAGGAUUAACAUCUAAAACUAAAACAAUUAGUCUCAACCAUCCGACUGGAAUAACUCUUGAUGGUAAUGGUUAUCUAUAUAUCGUUGAUCAAAAUAAUCAUCGUAUUGUUCGUGGUGAUAGUGCAACUGGUUUUCAUUGUAUACUUGGAUGUGUUGCUAGAGGUAAAGAACCUUAUCAAUUAUUGGGGCCACGACAUAUGGCAUUUGAUAGUUAUGGAAAUAUUUAUGUUGUUGAUUCGGAUAAUCGUCGAAUUCAAAAGUUUAUGUAUUCGAAAAGAUCAUGUGAACCCAAUGGUUAUAUUACAAAUUUUACUUUUACUGAACUUAUGAAAAGAAAUAUAAGCAGUGAACAAUUAUAUUCUUGGUUUGCACCAAUUGAUCUUAUCGAAGAUUAUCAAUCAUAUUUAAAUAAACUCUCAUCAAUAUCAAAUAAUGAAAUAAACAAUGAUAUUUUUUACAAUUGUACAAGAGGAAGAUUUGGGUUCAUGUGUCAAUAUGAAAUAGAUGAUGUUUAUUUACAUAAUAAUAUGUUCGAUUAUUUGAUAGAUUUUUAUCGAGAUGAAAAACCUUUUUCAGAAUCAUUAACUUGUUAUAUGUUUAUACAAUGUGAUCGUCAUUCAUCGAAAUACUGUUUGGAUUGGUCAGAAAUUUGUGAUGGAAAAGUAGAUUGUUUCAAUGGUCCAUUUGAUGAAGAACAUUGUUCACAAGUAGAUAUAAACAAUCCAAUUUAUAAACCAAUAGAAACAAAAUAUGUUAUUAAUGAAAAUAUACUCAAUCUACCAAGUCUUUUAGUUGAAGAUAUCAAAUGUCGAGAUUUACCAUUAACAUCAUCUUGUAUUCCCGGACGACAAGAACGAUUAUUGGAAGCGAUAUUAUCUAUUAAUGAUCAUUCUAUAUCAUUGAGUUGUUCAUUAGCAUUCAAAUGUAUCCUUCCAUUAUCAGAUGAUCUAUCUUCAAUUUGUAAUAAUUUCUGUUGGAUAGAUGAAUGUCUAAAGUUAAUUGAAAAUUAUUGUCCAAAUAUGUUUUAUAUACCAUCUAUUCCAAUUCUAUUUAAUAAUAUUUAUUUUGCUUAUGAAAAAACUGAUUCAAUUGAAUUUAAAAAUGAAAAUUUUCAAGAUCCUUAUAUUUGUUAUAAUGAUUCAAUUUAUGAUAACUAUUUUAUCAAUGAUUCAAUGAAAUACUUUAAUGGUAGAAAAUGUUAUCGUAGAAAUAUUCCAUUUUCUUCUUCUAAUCAAAAGCAUGUAUUCGAUUUUGCAUAUAUACAAUCAAUAUACAAUAUAUUUAAAUAUUAUAAUUUACCUUUAAGUUCAACUAUUAAAUCUUUAGAAUUUCAACAUUAUCCUUUACUCGAUUGUUCUGAUGAUAAUAAACUUUCAAGUACAAAUGAUUUAUUUCCACAUGAUGGUGAAUAUAUAUAUUAUUUAUGUAGAAAUGAUGAGAAUAAUUAUCAUCAAUUAACUAAACAUCGUAUUUUAUUUCAAUUAAUUUGUAAUCGACUUAUUGAAUUAUCACCAAAUUUAAUUAAUGGACAAAAUGAAACUGAUGAAACUGAUUGUAAUUAUUGGCCAUGUAGUAAUUUAUAUACAAAGUGUAAUGGAUUUUGGAAUUGUUUAAAUGGUGAAGAUGAAUUUGAUUGUCAUAAUAAAAUUGAGAAAAGAAAUACCUAUAAUAGAAAGAUAUCAGAACGAAAUAAAAUUUCAUGUCAUCGUGGACUUUCUUUACAUAUUUGGUUGAAUAAUACAGAAUCAAGAUUGACAUGUAUUUGUCCAUUAAAUUAUUAUGGUUCACAAUGUGAAUAUCAAAAUCAGCGAGUGAGUUUAUCGAUUAAAUUUCAAGCAUUUUCUGAUUCACGACAAACACCAUUUGAAAUUCUAAUUCAAUUGAUUGAUAAUAGUAAUGAAAGAAUUAUUCAUUCAUAUGUUAAAUUAACAUAUUUAUUUGUAAGAGAUUGUCAAUUGAUAUCAUAUUAUUAUUUAGUUUAUUCGACACGAAUAAAAGAUCAAGAAAAAAAUUAUUCAAUUCAUAUUGAUAUUUAUAAUAAAAAUACAUUGAAUUAUCAUGGAAGUUUAUGGUUUCCAAUACGAAAUACAUUUUUACCUGUUCAUCGUUUAGAUUUAAUAAUCAAUAUUCCAGCAGCUGAUUUUCAUGUUGAAAUUUGUUCAAAAUCUCGAUGUGUUCAUGGAAAAUGUUUGAAAUAUUUCAAUGUUCAACAAGAGAAAACUUUCUGUCAAUGUUAUUCUGGAUGGUCGGGACGAUAUUGUUCAAUUCCAUCAACAAUCAAUUGUGCAUGUUCAUCGGAUUCCAAAUGUCUUGGUAUUGAUGCUUAUAAUCGAUCAAUAUGUCUUUGUCCUAUGUAUAAAUUUGGUCCUCGGUGUUUUCUCAAAGACAAAACAUGUGAAUUACAUGAUAAUACAACAUGUAAUAAUCAUGGUCAAUGUAUUCCGUCGGAUUUAAACAGACAAACAUCACAAUUGUAUACAUGUAUUUGUUCAAAAGGUUAUGAUGGCAUUCAUUGCGAAUAUGAAGAUAAUGAAAUAUCUUUAACAUUUGAAAAUAAGUUUCAUUUAUUACGAACAAUAUUCAUUCAUUUUCUUUAUAUAGAAAAUAAUCUUCCAAGAAAUCGAUUAACUAUUUUUAAAACAGUUUCGUCGAUGAAAUAUUCAACGAAUAUUUCUUGGACUGAUCGGUUUAAUGUGAUUUUUAUCGAAGAUUUAAAAAAGAAUUAUUAUUUACUUGCUACUCAGAAGACUACUUUUGAUCACGUUAAAUUAAACAAACAAAUUCGAUUAACAGAUCGUUGUCCAUAUAUAAAUGAAUUAUUUAAUAAAACAAUUGUUCAAUAUCAUUUUCUUCGACGUAUGAAAUAUUAUCAUUUACUAUGUCAAUUGAAUAUUUCAUGUUUCUAUGAUGAUAUUCAUUUAUGUACAUGUUAUUAUCUUAGGGGACACCGUUUAAGUAAUUGUUUUCAAUUUAAUCAUACGAUGAAAGGCGAUUGUUUAGGAGAAAAUGAAUGUGCAAAUGAUGGUCAAUGUUUUCAAAUUGGAUCAGGAUGUUAUAAGAAAGUCACUUGUCUUUGUCAUUCAUGUUUUUAUGGAAGACGAUGUCAAUUUAGUACAAGUAGAUUUAGUUUAUCACUUGAUACAAUUCUAGCUUAUCAUAUUCAACCAUCAAUUUAUUUAUUAAAUCAAUCAAAUAUUAUUAAAAUAAGUAUUGUUUUAAAUCUUAUCUUUCUCGUAAUAGGUUUAAUUAAUGGAAUACUUACAAUGAUCACAUUUAAAAAUAAAAAUUUACAUGUAAAUGGUUGUGCUUUGUAUUUAUUAGGUAUAGUAAAAUAUCUUAAAACAGAAUUCGAUGCGAUGAACAUCGUUGUAGUCGUGAGUGGCUGGCGCCGUCCUAAAAGGAUUCAACUUUCUAUUGUCCGAUCUGAUCGCAUUUGUAAUAUUUCUCUACUUCAUUUUAAAGUAUAUCUAUUAUUUAUCAUAGGUUCAUCAAUAACAACAUUGAUAAUAACAAUUUUAUUUGGAUUGAAAUUCUGGAUUCUUAUUUUAACACAAAUAUUUUCGAUGACAAAUCGAUUAUUUUUACAAAUUCAAUGUAUUUUAUUAGAUUAUCUUCUUCGAAUAUUUCUUCAUAUGGAUCAAUGGUUAAAUGCAUGUGUUGCUUGUGAACGAGCAUUAACAAUUAUAAAAGGUACUCGUUUUGUUAAGAAAAAAAGUAAACAAAUAGCCAAAAUAAUCAUAUUUUUACUUUUAAUUUUUAAUAUUCUUACAUUUAUUCAUGAACCGAUUCAUCGACAUUUAUUUGAUGAAAUUGAUGAAGAUGAUAAUGGAAAACGAAUUUGGUGUACUAUUACUUAUGCAUCAUCUAGUUUGCAAACAUACAAUUCUUUUAUACAUACAUUUCAUUUUUUUGCACCGUUUAUUAUUAAUUUCAUUUCAGCUCUUACUCUGAUAACAAAAAGAUCUCAACAACAAUCAAGUAUUCAAAAAAAACGAAAUUUUAAAGAAAUUUUACAUGAAAAUUAUCGACAACAUAAACAUUUAUUUCUUGCACCUGUUUUAUUAGUUAUUCUGGCAUUGCCACGUCUGAUUAUUUCAUAUGUAUCAAAAUGUAUGGAAUCAAUCAAUGAUUCAUGGUUAUUUCUUUCGGGAUAUUUUGUUUCAAUUAUUCCAGCAAUGCUUACUUUUGUUGUAUUUGUAUUACCAUCAAAAUUGUAUAGAAAAGAACUUCAGAAAUCGAUUAUCAGAUAUCAAAUUACUAUACGACGACUUAUACAUAACCUAUCAUAA